AUGCCGCAAGCUCUCCCUCCGCAAGACGACCCAGAUUUGGUCGCCCCGACGUACGUCCCACACGUCCCACUCCAACCGCUCACGAGCGAGAACGAGAAAAAUCCAGAUUUGGCAUCCUACCCUGUCAACGAAAAUGCGUUCAAAAACGAUCCGUUUUUCCACGCGCACAAAUCUAUGUUCCCGGACGGAGAGACGAUGCCUAUUCGGGUGAAAGUAUCCACCGCGUGGCACAACUUACCGUCUCGAGAGAAGUUACAAUCGAAAGGCCACGUGGUGCACGUUCCGAAAAACGGGAACAUCACCAUCCGAAAGUUCAAAGAACAACUCUCGGAAUUAGACGGUUUCCCAGACGCGACGAACAUGCAACUCCUCUGGUUCGCCAAAGUCCUCGGUCGAAAAUACGACUACGACGACCUCCCUCGAGGCAAAUCAACCGACCAGCUCAACGAAUACAUCCCAGACGAACACAAGCUCACUUUGAACGAUUACAACGUCAUCCCGUGGCUCCUUAAAUUCCCGGAUUGGGAAAUCGUCGCCACCGUCCUCGACCGUGCGCCCGUCGACCGCUACGAAGCCAUCCACCGCGCCGUCGCCGAACAAAAAGGCGUCAAAGAUAUCGAUAAGCACAUACGAAAGUUGAAAAAAACCGAAAAGUGGACGACGUUUUUGGAAACCGACGUGGAACAAACGAGGAAAAAUCGUGAAAGUCGUUUAGGGCCCGGGGCUUAA